AUCACCACUCCCGUCAACUCCCGACCAGAUCUGCUUCUUGCCACAAAGCACUUUCAUCAUUAUCUAGCUUAACAUAGUGCCUGGUAGCUUUAUUCUUUGGACCUUGACCCAUUCGUGUCUGUUCAGCACACCAGAUCCCGUCGCUGUUCAGAGCUUGGUUGCCUCACAUCAUCCGGCAGACCCGACCGUUUGCGAAUUGCGCCAUCCUUGGAUAUAGGCAAGGAAAGACACCAAGAUGAGGUCGCAGCUCAAGAAGCCCUCGUCUGCAUCAAGCAGAGAUGCCGAGCUAUCAGCUCAGUUCUCCCAGGCCUCCCUAUCCGGCCUCCCGCCUCUCCAGAACCGCGCCGCCCAGAGCUCCAGCCCUUAUGUCCGUGCACACGCUUCUUCGCCUGUAGCAUGGCAGCUGCUGGACGAUGAAGCAACACAGAGGGCCAAGAAGGAGAACAAGCUGGUCUUCAUGAAUAUCGGUUUCAAGUCCUGCCAUUAUUGCCAUCUUACCACCACAGAAUCCUUCACGCAUCCAGAAGUCGCUAGGCUGCUGAACAAAUGCUUCAUCCCCGUUGUUGUCGACCGUGAUGAGCGACCAGAUAUCGACAAUAUCUACAUGAACUAUAUUCAGGCUAUCAACGGCUCCGGUGGCUGGCCUCUCAAUGUUUUUCUGACAUCGGACCUCGAACCCGUGUUUGGUGGGACGUACUGGCCCUCGCCUGGAACGGAGCUGGUUGGCAUCGAUGGUGAAGAGGUGUCCGAAGAUGAGAGGUUAGAUUUCUUGGUCAUACUGCAGAAGAUGAGAGAUGUGUGGCCUGAGCACGAGGCUCGCUGCCGCCAGGAGGCCAAGGAGAUUGUCUCGAAGCUGCGAGAAUUUGCUGCCGAGGGAACACUCGGAACGAGAGGAGUAGUGCCGCCGGAUCUGUCGGGGAGCCCGAUGGCCGCCGAUUCCGAUUUGGAUCUGGACCAGCUUGAAGAGGCUUACACGCAUAUUGCUGGGACCUUUGACCCGGUCAACGGUGGAUUUGGGGUUGCGCCCAAGUUUCCUACGCCAGCAAAGCUGUCGUUUCUGUUGAAACUAACCCACUUUCCGCCCUCGGUAGCGGACGUCGUGGGCGAGAAGGAGGUCACACACGCCACGCAUAUGGCCCUGCUCACGCUGCGGAAGCUACGCGACGGAGGUCUCCGUGACCACGUCGGAGGCGGGUUCCAUCGCUAUUCUGUCACGGCAAACUGGUCGAUGCCACACUUUGAGAAGAUGGUUUCAGAUAACGCUCUGCUGCUGGGCGUGUAUCUCGAUGCUUGGCUGUCUACCGCGGCCAAGAAGAGCAAGAUAGAGAAGGAGGAUGAGUUUGCGAAUGUUGUCUUUGAGUUGGCUGAAUACUUGACCGCUGCUCCCAUCCAGCGACCCGACGGCGGCUUCGUCUGCGGUGAAGCGGCCGACUCAUAUUACAGGAAGGGCGAUGCGCAUAUGCGCGAGGGCGCAUAUUACUUGUGGACAAGAAGAGAAUUCGACCAGGCACUCACAGGCCUAGACUCACAAGUCAGUGCCGUUGCGGCAGCACAUUGGAAGGUCCUGGAGCAUGGAAACGUGGACCGGGAACAGGAUCCCAUUGACGAGUUCAUCAACCAAAACGUGCUAUACACGGUCAAGGAUGCGAAGGAGCUCGGGCAACAGUUUGGCAUCUCUCCUGAAGAAACCCAGAAAUUGAUCGAAGUGGCAAGAGAGAAAUUGAAGGCCCAUCGGGAGAAAGACCGUGUCAGGCCGGAGACGGACGAUAAGGUCGUUACCAGCACAAACGCAAUGGUCAUCUCAGCUCUGGCGAGAACAAGCUCAGCGGUCAAAAGCAUCAGCCCCGUCAGUGCUGAGAAGUACCUGAAGGCGGCAAUAAAUGCAGCAGAUUUCAUCAGGGGGAAGCUGUGGGAUGAUUCGACCAAAACCCUGUUCAGAUCUUAUUCUACUCAGCGAAGCACGACACAAGCGUUUGCUGAAGACUACGCCUUUCUCGUCGAGGCUUUGCUGGACUUGUACGAGACGACGGGCAAUGAAAGCUGGCUACAGUGGGCUGAUGCCCUUCAGAAAACCCAAAUCGACCUCUUCUACGAUCCUACGGUCCCCAGCACGUCCCGCCCGGUCACGCCGAUGGCUCACCACUCGGCAUGCGGUGGCUUCUAUUCGACUACGGACGAAGCGUCGCACGUCAUCCUGCGUCUCAAAGACGGCAUGGACACCGCACAACCGUCCACGAAUGCCAUUUCUGCAUCAAACCUUUUCCGGUUAGGCGUCAUGCUCGGCGAUACGCACUACACGAAGCUUGCUCGUGAGACCAUCAAUGCCUUCGAAGUAGAAGCCUUGCAAUACCCCUGGUUGUUUAUCGGCCUGCUUGGAGGUGUAGUUACAGCCCGGCUUGGGGGCAUCGUGUGGGUCACAAAGGCCGACAAGGAUGAGGAAGAACUGAGACGGAAGUUUUACGAGUUGCCACGCGCGGGCCUGAGGAGUCUGGUCCUUUCACAGGGAGGAGACUGGCUAGGAAGCACACGCAAUAACAAGGUGGCUCAACUAGGCGAAGGGACGUACGUCUUUGAUGGGGAGUACCAGCCUUUUAAAGAGGAUUAAUUUUCCUCGAAUCGGCCUCAUCUAGGGGUAUUGAAUGCAUAUCUGGGCGUCUAGGGCCGGACUCGAGGGGUUGGGGAAUUUUCCUGCGGCGUGUUUGGUCUGUUUUCAAGUAUUGCUUGUCGCGUUAAACAUCGUGGCAGAUGGAUAAUCUGGUUCCAUGGGUGGGCUCAGGGGCGGCGUUGGUGUAAAUUGAGCUAGAUUCACAAGUGCGGGUCCCCCCCCCCCCUCCCUUUCUUUCUUGAAUGGCCUGGCGUUCGCGGAGCAUGGCUCAUCGAUCAUUCCUUCGUGCGCGGGCCUGUUGCUCCUGAGCGGGCAGCCGUAGUAUGAUCCCAGAGGUAUUAUAGACAAUCUCACCGCAAUCAGUAUG